AUGGAAACUGAACAAAAAACAAUCUAUCAAGAUACAAAGUUCCUUUAUACCAGUGAUCAAUUCAAUACACUUCAUACAUCAACAUUGGUGACAUCAAUCAUCGCUCUUGUAUCAUCUGUGGCUGUUUUGAGUAGUUUUCUCUACUUGUGGAUCAUGGAUAGGAAACGUGCGAAUCGAAUAUCAUUAAGGUGUGUGAUGAUUGCAUGUACUGCCAAUGGAUUAGAUUCUAUUAUGAACAUCACUAUGUCAUUUGUUCAAGGACCACAUAAAUUUUGUCGUGCAGCAGGUGUCAUUAGCAAUAUAUCAAGAUUAACUAGUGCUUCCUUUUUGGCCAUUGUUGGACUGAACUUGGUUUUGAUUUUUGUCAUCAAUGUCAAAAGACGCGAUCUACUCGAAUAUUUCUAUUAUCCUUGUGCUUGUCUUUAUAUUUUGAUAUGUGCUGCUGUCUCUAUUUACAAAAUUGCCACUCUUCCUUAUUUGGAUUCUACCAAUGACACCUGCUGGUUUUUGAAUUAUAUAGAUGAAAGAUCGCAAGCUGUUUUCUCAUGGAUGUGGUAUUAUGGAUUUCUAUUCUUUAUCAACAUUGUUGCUGGCAUCUCGUCAGGUAUUGCUCUCUACAAACUAAUACAUGAACAACAAGCUCUUCGCAAGAACGUUGACCAUAAUACUUAUAUGGGUGAAGCAAGUACCAAUCAAGCUGAAAGUCGAUUUCAAAGAAGACAAUCUGCUGUGCUUUCCAAAGUAGUUGUCAGGUGCAUCAUUUAUCCUCUCAUACCUCUUGUGGUAAAUAUUUGGGGAUUUGGCAUUCAGAUGAAAAUCACUAUUAUUCACAAACCACCAUCGUUUACGUUAGCUAUGUUUGAUACAAUCUUUGCCUGCCUUGAUGGAUUUCUUGUAGCUAUUGUAUUCUUUACUGACCCAGCAUUGACAGCUUUCGUCAAUGAUAGAAUACAAUAUUGGCGAAGGGUUUAUGUUGAAGAAUAUCGAUUGGUUGAAAUCCGAAAUGAUACAUCGGACACUAUGGAAAGAAAGAAAGAGAAAACGCAAACAUUGUACAUUAUGCCUCCUCUGGAUAUACCCCAUGCUGAUUUGACAAACUGGGAUUCUGCCAUCAUUCAUACCAAUCCAACAUCAAGAUAUUCUAGUACUAGUCAUAAUCGUGUUCCCAUGCGACGUAUAUGUAUUCCACCAUCAUCCUUGACACAAUUAUCUUCUCGAUAUAAUAUACGACAACUUUCUCUUUGUACACUUCCAAGCUCUUCUGAUACUUUGGAAACAGUUGACAAUGGUGAUCAACCUGUAUCACAUUUUCCUAUGCAACAAAUACCAAGCACAUCCUCUGUGACCAAUCUUACCUCUGAUAGUCAACCAACAGAAUCUCAAAGAAAUGUGAUUCAUGAAGUAUUUAUUCCAUACAAAUCAAUAUGGUGGGCAAGAUUAUGUCAUCGACUAUUUUCUCAAUAUGGUUUCUCUUUGUUUUCUCCCUCUUCUUCUCGGUCUGGCCCUCGAUCUUCAUCCACUAUUGAACUUCGAUCCUAUUCUCAACAGCAACGUGAAACUGUAUAUCAGGAAACUACUGAUGAUGAUCAUGACUCAACAAAAUACCAGCGCAAACAGUUUAUGGAUGAUCAAACAUGUCACUACUAGCUAG